AGUAAUAAUAAAGGGACAUGAGUGAAAUAUUCAAACUAUGAAGUGGUUAAAUUGUCAUUUCUGCCAUAUACCAGGUAAAAAUCGCAUCUCCACCAUCAAUUCAACACGUCGUCGUUUUUUGCCUCCUCCCCCUCCCACAAAGGCACAAAUCCUCUCCGAUUAACCCAAAUAAAGCUCUGAUCGCGUCUCUCUCUCUCUCUCUCUGUGUAUAUAUAUCUCUCUCUCUCUCUCUCUACCAAAAAAAAUCAGAAUGGCGUCGUUGAAAUCUCUCUCAACCGCUGCUAGCUCUCUUAGGUCUCGACUGAGUCCGUCCCUCCGGACACGUGGCGGAGGAGGAGGCGGGCCGAGCAGAUGGGCGACAGCAGGACACGAGGAUCAACCCAAAGGCUUCGCGUUCAGCCGGCCACCGCCGCCGAUCGGAGAGUCACGAAAUUGGGAAGACUGGGAGCUUCCCUGCUACAUCACCAGCUUUCUCACCGUCGUUAUGCUCGGAGUCGGCCUCAGCGCCAAGCCCGAUCUCACCAUUGAGACCUGGGCCCACCAGAAAGCCCUCGAAAGGCUCGAAUUGGAAUCCGCCGAAUCUGAUUGAAUCAAGGUUAUACCUUUUUUUUUCUUUUUUUCCUAAAAAGUUUGUGCAGUUAUUAGCUGUUUCGAGGAAUAAAAAUGUAAUUUGUGCGAACCAUUGUUGUUUGGAAUGAUGCUCUUGAUCAAUUGAGGGCUCAUUUUAUGAGUUAGUUCAUUUCUGGGUGGGGGGUUUCCCCCCCUUCAAAACUGCUGGAAUAACGAGUUUUUCGAAUUUAUUUCUUUUUUCUGCUGUAA